ACGACCUCACUCUGCUCAUCGUACUCCUUUCGACAUCAGCUGCUGCGCCAAGGCAGCAACAGUUCGAUCGGUCUGUUCGUUCGUCAGCGUCGGCCGUGGAAAAUCCACACUUCGAUUUACUUGGAAACUACCAGUACGCCCGUGCUGUACAUCUACUCGGCGACACCACCCAGCAGCUCAACUCCAUGGCGACGGCGGCCAUGCGCAUGCGACGCAGCCUUGCUCUCUGUUACCACCUCACCGCCGCCCUCCUCCUCCUCGCGUUCCUCCACGCGCCGCUCGCCGGCGCGCAGCCGCUCCCGUGGCAGCUCUGCGACUCCGCCGCCGGGAACUACACGGAGGGCAGCGCCUACCAGGCCAACAUACGCGCCCUCGCCGGCGGCCUCCCCAGGAACGCCUCCGCGUCCCCGGCGCUCUUCGCCAAGGGCGCCGCCGGCGCCGCGCCGGACGCCGUCUACGCGCUCGCGCUCUGCCGCGGCGACACCAACGCCUCCUCCUGCGCGGCCUGCGUCGCCGCCGCCUUCCGGAACGCGCAGCAGCUCUGCGCCUUCAACCGGCACGCCACCAUGUUCGACGACCCCUGCAUCCUCCGCUACUCCGGCCAGGACUUCCUGGCCAACGUCACCGACAACAGCGGCAGGUUCGUCGCGUUCAACGGCAACAACGUCAGCGCGGGCGCGGCCGCGGCGGCGUUCGACGCCGCCUCCGGCCGGCUCGUCAACGCCACCGCCGACUAUGCCGCCGGGGACCCGACCCGGCGGUUCGGCACGGGGGAGGAGGGGUACGACGCGACGUACCCCAAGAUUUACUCGCUGGCGCAGUGCACGCCGGACAUGGAGGCGGCCGACUGCCGGAGCUGCCUCAGGGACAUAAUCGAGAAGUUUACCCCACAGUACUUCGUCGGGAAGCCGGGUGGGAGAGUGUUCGGCGUGCGAUGCAACUUCCGGUUCGAGACCUACUCCUUCUUCUCCGGACGCCCACUGCUGCAACUCCCGGACGUGCUGCCGCCUGCACCAGCGCCAGCGCCAGCGGCGGCCGAAGAAGAACGAACAAGAAAUAGGACAGGGUUGAUCUUGGCCAUCACACUACCUAUAGUUGCUGCACUACUUCUCAUUUCAACGUGCGUUUGCUUUUGGAGGAGGAGAAAAUCGGCAGAAAGAAAGCCGUCAGUACCACUACCAUAUUCAGCUACUAAUCCAGAUGACAUCCAAAGCAUCGAUUCCCUCCUCCUCGACCUAUCGACGCUGCGGGCUGCAACAGAUAACUUCGCUGAGAGCAACAAGCUUGGCGAAGGAGGGUUCGGUGCGGUUUACAAGGGUGUCCUUUCUGAAGGUGAAGAGAUAGCCGUGAAGAGGCUGUCACAGAGCUCCACGCAAGGGAUAGAAGAGCUGAAAACAGAGCUGGUUCUGGUCGCUAAGCUUCAGCACAAGAACCUUGUCAGGCUCCUUGGCGUUUGCCUGGAAGGACAGGAGAAGCUGCUCGUGUACGAGUACAUGCCGAACCGGAGCCUCGACACCGUUCUAUUCGGUACGUUCCAUCGUCGUUUUUUAUAUGAGAGCACUAGCAGUUCUGAUCGUUUCCUCGUUGUUCCGUUGGCAGAUGCAGAGAAAAGCAGGGGCCUGGACUGGGGGAAGAGGCUCAAGAUCGUGAACGGGGUUGCCCGGGGCCUGCAGUACCUCCACGAGGACUCCCAGCUGAGGAUCGUCCACCGGGACCUCAAGGCCAGCAAUGUGCUCCUGGACUCGGACUGCAACCCCAAGAUCUCGGACUUCGGCCUGGCAAAGCUGUUCGGCUGGGAUCAGUCGCAGGCCGUCACCAGCCACAUCGCCGGAACAUACGGAUACAUGGCGCCGGAGUACGCGAUGCGCGGGCAGUAUUCCGUCAAGUCGGACGCCUUCAGCUUCGGCGUUCUGCUACUGGAGAUCGUCACGGGGAGGAAGAACAGCAGCUUCGCUAGCCCGGACUCGGAGCCAUCCCUUGACCUCUUAAGCCUCGUAUGGGAGCACUGGACUACCGGGACAGUCGAGGAGCUGGUGGAUCCGUCCCUGGGAGGCCGUUCGCCGGGAGGCCAGAUGCUGAAGCUGGUCAACAUCGGGUUGCUGUGCGUCCAGGACAGCCCCGCGGACCGGCCCACGAUGUCGGCGGUGAACGUCAUGCUCAGCAGCAGCACGGUGUCUCUGCAGGCGCCGUCGAGGCCGACGUUCUGCGUCGACGACAUGGAGGGUUUCUCGGGCAUGUACUCGGGUGCGUAUCCAAGGGGAUCCCAGUCCACCGGGGACAGCAAGCCCCAGGCAGCGAUGUCGCCGUCGCCGAACGAGGUGUCACUCACGGAGAUCGAACCAAGAUGAUGAGCGCCUAGGCCCAAGAUAAACUUGCGGUGUCCAUCGCAUAUAUAGUCCUGAACCUGCUUGUAAUAACUAAAUCUCCUGGAUCAUUGUCUAUGGUGGUUGUAGCUUGCAAUAAUGUGUCACGGCUUACUAUUACUAGUAUUUUUAUCAGAGAAUGUUGGUAGUAAUAUAUUUUCUUUGUUCUAAUCAGUCACUUAGGGACUGUACUUGCUUCAGGGACAGCAAGACCACUUCAUAGCAAAUUGAGGUUCAGUUUUGA